CGCGGCCGGAGCGGGGCUGCGCGGGCGCAGGCGCUGCUGCUGCAGCUCCUGCUGGCGGGGCUCGCGGGCUGCCUGAGCCGCCGGGACCUCUUCCCCUUCGGCCCCUCACAGGGGGACCUGGAGCUGGAGGAUGGGGACGACGUGGUGUCGCCCGCCCUGGAGCUCAGCGAGGCUCUCCGCUUCUACGACCGUUCUGGCAUCGACUCCAUCUACGUCACCACAAAUGGCAUCAUUGCUAUGAGCAAACCGCCUGCCGAAGAAUCUCAUCCUGGGCUCUUCCCAUCCACCUUCGGCGCAGUGGCACCUUUCCUGACGGACUUGGACACAACUGAUGGCCUCGGGAAGGUGUAUUAUCGAGAAGACCUGUCCCCCUCCACCGCUCAGCUGGCAGCAGAGUAUGUCCAGAGGGGCUUCCCGAAGGUCUCUUUCCAGCCCAGCAGUGUGGUGGUGGUCACCUGGGAAUCGGUGGCCCCCUACCAAGGGCCCAGCGGGAACCCUGCCCAGGAAGGCCAGAGAAACACAUUCCAGGCUGUUCUGGCCUCCUCGAAUGCCAGUACCUAUGCCAUUUUCCUGUACCCCGAAGGCGGUCUGCAGUUCUACACGGCCUUGUCCAAGAAGGAGGGCAGCCAAGUGUCUGCUAUGGUUGCUUUCAGCCAAGGUUUAGUGGGAUUCUUCUGGAAGAGUGAUGGAGUGUAUAAUGUAUUUGCUAAUGAUAGCAAGUCACUCGAAAACUUGACCAGGAGCAGCAACUCUGGGCACCGGGGCGUGUGGGUGUAUGAGAUUGGGAGUCCGGCCACUGCCAAAGGUGUGGUUCAGGCGGAGGUGAACCUCGGACUGGACACCGGAGCAGACUAUGAAGAAGAAGUCAAUGAUUAUGACCAGAUGACCACUCAUCUUGGCGUGGAGGAUGCAGCAACCCCAUCUUUGCCCUUCAAGAUUUCAAAAAGGGGAGACAUUGACACAUACGAUGUGCCCCGUGCCCUCUCCCCACGCCAUGAGGCUGCUGAGGGCUCCAGAUCUUUCCAGUUGCCAGUGGAGAAGUUUCCCCAGCAGCAACCCCAGGUCAUAGACGUGGAUGAAGUGGAGGAAACAGGAGUUGUGUUCAGCUACACCACGGAUUCCCAGCAGACGUGCGCCAACAACAGACACCAGUGCUCGGUGCAUGCGGAGUGCAGAGACUACAGCACGGGCUUCUGCUGCCGCUGUGUGGCCGGCUACACGGGCAACGGCAGGCAGUGCGUUGCAGAAGGCUCCCCACAGCGUGUCAACGGCAAGGUGAAGGGCAGGAUCUUUGUGGGCAGCAGCCACACCCCUAUAGUCUUUGAGAACACAGACCUCCAUUCCUACGUGGUGAUGAACCACGGGCGCUCCUACACGGCCAUCAGCACCAUCCCCGAGACCGUCGGCUACUCCCUGCUUCCUCUGGCGCCCAUCGGAGGCAUCAUUGGAUGGAUGUUUGCUGUGGAGCAGAAUGGAUUCAAGAAUGGCUUCAGCAUCACGGGGGGCGAGUUCACCCGCCAGGCUGAGGUGACCUUCGUGGGGCACCCGGGCAAGCUGGUCAUCAAGCAGCAGUUCAGUGGCAUUGAUGAGCAUGGGCACCUGACCAUUGACACGGAGCUCGAGGGCCGCGUGCCACAGAUCCCAGCCGGUUCCUCUGUGACCAUCGAGCCCUAUACAGAGCUGUACCACUACUCCGGCUCUGUGAUCACUUCCUCCUCCACCCGGGAGUACACGGUGGCCGAGCCUGAGCCAGCCGGGGCGGCACCGUCACACACCUACAUUUACCAGUGGCGCCAGACCAUUACCUUUGAAGAGUGCGUGCAUGACCCAGCGCGGCCGGCCCUGCCCAGCACACAGCAGCUCUCCGUGGACAGCGUGUUCGUCCUGUACAACCAGGAGGAGAGGAUCCUGCGCUACGCCCUCAGCAACUCUAUCGGGCCGGUGAGGGAGGGCUCCCCUGAUGCCCUUCAGAACCCUUGCUACAUCGGCACUCAUGGCUGUGACACCAAUGCGGCCUGUCGCCCUGGCCAAGGGACCACGUUCACCUGCGAGUGCUCCAUUGGCUUCCGUGGAGAUGGGCGGACCUGCUACGAUAUCGAUGAGUGCUCAGAGCAGCCCUCCGUGUGCGGGAGCCAAGCGAUCUGCAACAACCAGCCGGGCACCUUCCGCUGUGAAUGUUCUGAGGGCUACCGCUUCUCAGAUGAAGGCAAAUGUGUGGCUAUUGUAGACCAGCGCCCCAUUGACUACUGUGCCACUGGCCUCCAUGAUUGUGACAUCCCUCAGCGGGCCACCUGCAUCUACAUGGGAGGCUCCUCCUACACCUGCUCCUGUCUGCCUGGCUUUUCUGGGAACGGCCGAGCCUGCCAAGAUGUGAAUGAAUGCCAGCCCAGUCGCUGUCACCCCGACGCCUUCUGCUACAACACUCCAGGCUCUUUCACGUGCCAGUGCAAACCUGGCUACCAAGGAGAUGGCUUCCGAUGCAUGCCUGGAGAGGUGGAGAAGACCCGGUGCCAGCAGGAGCGCGAACACAUUCUUGGUGCAGUGGGGGCCGCAGACACACAGCGGCCCAGGCCACCGGGCCUCUUUGUCCCUGAGUGUGACGAGCAUGGACACUAUGCGCCCACCCAGUGCCAUGGCAGCACUGGCUACUGCUGGUGUGUGGACCGUGACGGCCGUGAGCUGGAGGGCACCAGGACCAGGGCUGGGCUGCAGCCCCCGUGUCUGAGUACAGUGGCCCCCAUGGUUCCCCAGCGACCCGCGUUGCCUACCUCUGUGAUCCCCCUGCCUCCUGGGACCCACUUACUCUUUGCCCAGACUGGGAAGAUCGAGCGCCUCCCCCUGGAAGGAAAUACCAUGAAGAAGGCAGAAGCCAAAGCAUUUCUUCAUGUCCCGGAGAAGAUCAUCAUUGGACUGGCCUAUGACUGUGUGGACAAGAUGGUUUACUGGACAGACAUCACUGAGCCUUGCAUCGGGAGAGCUAGCCUGCACGGCGGAGAGCCGGCCACCAUCGUCCAGCACGAUCUGGGAAGCCCCGAAGGCAUUGCCAUUGACCAUCUUGGCCGCAACAUGUUCUGGACGGACUCUCACUUGGAUCGAAUAGAAGUUGCCAAGCUGGAUGGCACACAGCGUCGAGUGCUGUUUGAUAGUGAUUUGGUGAAUCCCAGAAGCAUCAUAACGGAUCCCGUGAGAGGGAACCUUUACUGGACAGACUGGAACAGAGAUAACCCCAAAAUUGAAACCUCCUACAUGGACGGCACAAACCGCAGGAUUCUUGCGCAGGAUGAUCUGAUCUUGCCCAAUGGUUUGACCUUCGACCCAUUCUCAUCGCAACUCUGCUGGGUUGAUGCAGGCACCCAUCAGGCGGAAUGCCUGAACCCGAGUCAGCCCAGCAGACGCAAGGUUCUCCCAGGACUUGAGUACCCUUUUGCAGUGACAAGCUUUGGGAAGAAUCUGUAUUAUACAGACUGGAAUAGGAAUUCUGUGGUUGCUGUUGACCUUACAAUUUCUAAAGUGACAGACACAUUCCACCCCCACAAGCAGAGCCGGCCGUAUGGCAUCACCACCACCCUGUCGCAGUGUCCCCAAGGUCACAACUAUUGCUCAGUGAACAAUGGCGGCUGCACCCACCUCUGCCUGGCCACCCCGGGGAGCCGGACCUGCCGCUGUCCUGACAACACCCCAGGGGUGGACUGUAUCGAGCGGAACUGAAGACAGGAGCACCUCCUCCCCUUUCCGCAUGUCUCACAGCAGUGCCCUACUUGAAACUACUUGGUCCAGACAGAUACCUGUCCGCCACUGAGGGACCACUAGGCCCAGGUCUAGCCCAGCCUGAGCCCGAACAACUUUCCUCACUCUGUUCCCUAAAACAUUUGCUCAAGGCUUCUGUAAUGAGGUCUCUGCCUCCAUAUGGGGGUUGGAUCUCCCACACUGGGGGAGAAACACGCAACUUCUGACAGGACUCUCACGUGGGAGGUCUCCUUCAUUCUUCAGACAAUCUUACAGAGCCCCUGCUGAAAACAGUGUCCCAUGUCCUAGGACCUUUCUGCAAUCCUGGUCCCCAGGGGUGAGCAGACCCUCCACAGGGCUGGGUGGCCCCUUCUCUGGGGUCUUCCGAGCUUGGCCUAUGUUCUGAGGCACCCACCAUCCUGUCAGCUCCUCAGUACGCCGGCUGGGCCUGCCCAGGCAAGGAUGUGAAGGAGGGAGUUAGCCCUGCCGCUCCUUUUCUCUUGGUGCUCUCACUUCCCUCUUAUUCCCACCUUUCUCCUUCACAGUUCCUUACCACCUUCAGCCUGCCCAGGACACUGAUGUCAGUGAGCAUGCUCUGCCUUUUGACCAAAACCCACCCAGUUCUAGCACUGUAUGGAAGCUGGUGGAUGAUGAUGAGCAGCCCUUCCGGAUAAAAUACUGACUGUUCAGCAAUGGCCUUUGGUAGUCAGAGGCUUAUGUCAAAGAAGUGCCCUGGGAAGAAAUUUUAAGAUGGAGAGUCAGCUAUUUCAGAAUAGGAGUUAUCUUAAUGUGCCUUAAAUGAUACCAAAGAUUACCAUAUUAUCCCUCUGCCAGAAGCACCUGUGUCUCAGCAUUUGGCCUGUGGUGCUGUGCUGGUCUCCAGCCCUGCUGCUGGUGCCAGUAUCCAUUCUUAUGGAGACCCAGGUGUGGCACAGGCUGGGCCAGAUCACAGGCUGGGGCCCAUCUAGCCCCUCACCUCCGACCCCCCUCUUGGGUACUGGUUUGCUCUCAACCGUGAACUAGCAUCUUUGUGUCUCCCUCCUCUGGCUCUGCUGGCUCUAUUCUCAUCUGAAGACAGUCCAGGAGGAUGUUUGAGUAUUCAUACUAACGGCUCAGACCCGUCGUUGUACAUUGCUCUAACGCAAGGGACUAUUGCUACACUUCAUAUUUAUGUUUCAACAGUUUGUUUCCAGAAUAUAUGAGUAGCUGGUGUUGUGUCUUCCAGCUGCUUCCCAGAGCCCUGAGACAAUGGAAAUUUUGGGUUGGAAUUAAACAUAAGGAGUUUGAGCUAGAACAGCAGGGGGUAAAGGGGGAAGAGAAGACUGGGUAGAAAGCAUCAGAAGAGAUUGAUCAAGGGCAGGAGUGGAAACCCGAGGAGGGAGGGGCAAAGGAGGUUUAAGAACACCAAUAAUAAAAACCCUUAAAUAAUGCCAAAGAGUAACUGCUACAUUUUUGCCAAAGAUCACUUACCCUAAGGACACGGAAGAAUUUGUUCUCCUUAAGCAAAAGGUUCCCCUCACCACCACCUGCACUUGGUCCCUGCACUUGGUCCCUGCCCUGUCCCUCCUGCCUCUGCCUCACCUGCUUCUGGGACCUAAGAACCCAAAUCGAGAGUCUUUCCUUAAUUGGAGUUUUUUGAGAGGCAACUAUAUCCCUCAGAAUUACAAGCCUGGGGAAACCUGUGGGUCUUAUAUGAAGCCAGCCCCAUGCAUUAGUCUUUCUUUUUGUAUUUAUCAUCCCGUAUCAAGCCCUGCAUAUCAAGUGUUCAUCACGAUGUAUAGUGUUUGUAACUGUUUUCUUCAUUUCACUAGAUUCAUUCUAAAGUCUUAAAUGGUAAGUUUUAAACUGUGGAAAUCACUGAAGGUGCUUAUUAACUGUUCCCCAAAGUGUACACAAGUAUUGAACGAUUCCUUGAGUUUACAGCUGUACAAAUAUUAGUGAAGAAUAUUAAAGAAAUGUUUUCUUAAAUAA